AUGUACUCCUCCGAGGACCUGUGGAACUCCACUGAGCAGGUCUGGAUCAAUGGAUCCGGAACAAACUUCUCUCUGGGAAGACACGAGGACGAUGAGGAGGAGGAAGGAGAUAAGCAUCCUUUCCUCACGGAUGCCUGGCUAGUCCCUUUGAUCUUCUCUCUCAUCAUGCUGGUUGGACUGGUGGGCAACUCUCUGGUUAUUUAUGUCAUUUCAAAACACAGGCAGAUGAGGACAGCAACCAACUUCUACAUAGCAAACCUGGCUGCCACUGACAUCAUCUUCUUGGUGUGCUGCGUCCCCUUCACUGCCACCCUUUACCCCCUCCCUGGAUGGAUCUUUGGCAACUUCAUGUGCAAAUUUGUUGCAUUUCUUCAGCAGGUAACAGUGCAAGCCACCUGCAUAACCCUGACUGCUAUGAGUGGAGACCGCUGUUACGUGACAGUCUACCCUCUGAAAUCUCUCCGGCACCGCACCCCCAAAGUAGCCAUGAUUGUCAGUAUUUGCAUUUGGAUUGGUUCUUUCAUCCUCUCUACACCAAUUUUAAUGUACCAGCGUAUAGAAGAAGGCUACUGGUACGGCCCGAGGCAAUACUGCAUGGAGAGGUUUCCCUCUAAGACACAUGAGAGGGCUUUCAUCCUCUACCAGUUCAUUGCUGCCUACCUGCUGCCUGUGCUCACUAUCUCUUUCUGCUACACUCUGAUGGUUAAGAGGGUUGGCCAGCCUACUGUAGAACCAGUAGACAAUAAUUAUCAGGUGAAUCUUCUGUCUGAGAGAACAAUCAGUAUCCGAAGCAAAGUCUCCAAGAUGGUGGUAGUGAUUGUCCUUCUCUUUGCCAUCUGCUGGGGUCCCAUCCAGAUCUUUGUCCUCUUCCAGUCUUUCUAUCCAAACUACCAGCCUAACUACACCACAUACAAGAUCAAGACAUGGGCCAACUGCAUGUCCUACGCCAACUCCUCAGUCAACCCCAUAGUUUAUGGAUUCAUGGGUGCCAGUUUCCAAAAGUCCUUCAGGAAAACCUUUCCCUUCCUGUUCAAGCACAAGGUCAGAGAUAGCAGCAUGGCUUCAAGGACUGCCAAUGCUGAGAUCAAGUUUGUUGCUGCAGAGGAAGGCAACAAUAAUAAUGCAGUGAAUUGA